CGUGACUCAAGGCGGAAAUGGCGACGCGAGGGGCGUGAGGAGCCGAGCCGAGCCUAGCGUGGGCUACUGAAAAACGCGAGAGAAAAAAAAGCUGCUUGUAAGGGCAGCUGCGUACUGAACACCACGCUCAGCUCAGCUUUCGCUUGAGACGCCGUCGCGUCGAUGGCCAGGCUGUGACGCAGAGUGGCCUCCUCAAUCCUAGGAUCAUGGAUGAUGCCGUGGCCGCAAAGAAGAGGAGCUCCACCAAGGCGGCAGGCGUUCGCUUCUCGGAGGAAGCCCCGCUGACCGGCGCCCCGUCCCACGUCCGCUUCGACGACAAGCUGCACGACUCUGUCGUCAUGGUGACGGCGGAGGAUGACGGCAGCUUCCUGGUGAAGUUGGGCUUCCUGAAGGCGCAACACCGCUACGAAAUCGCCUUCACCCUGCCCGAGGUCCCGGCCCUCGGAAAAGACGUGUGUCUGGCGCCCACGCCGAGCCCCCACCUCCGCGUGGUCGAUGUCUCACCUGCUCCUGAAGAAGGCCUGAAGGUGACGUGCGAGUACAUGGCUCAGCAGGAGGGCGUGCUGUGCGAGCAGGUGCAACUGUUGAGCGAGGCCAAUGAUGACGUCUGCGUCACGGUCAAAGUUCACGCCAGAGUCAUGGACCGUCAUCACGGCACGCCCAUGUUGCUGGAGGGCGUCCGCUGCAUCGGCGUCGAGCUGGAGUACGACUCGGAACAGAGCGACUGGCAGGGCUUCGACUGACUUUCUCCUGAUCGGCCGGCCGGCCGGCCUCCCUCUUCUUGCCACCUUUGUCCAACGUGCCCUUGUGUUUGCGCCAUUUGGCCACGUGAGGGCAGCAGUGAUCCAUCAUUUUGUCAUGGGAACAAAUCUGCACGUUAGUGACGAACAUUCAACCGCCUUUGGGGUUUUUUUUCUGGAUGUAUUGUAAACCCGACCGGUCUAUCCGAAAUAUUACACCUUGUAACAAUAUAAAACGUUUCCCAGGUGC